AUGGAGGCCGCAUCUGCCCGCGCGGCUGCCCGCGACCGCUGGACCGACUUUGGCCGCGCGCCCUCGCAGCUCCAGCGCUACAUCUCGAGCGCCUGCAGCCCCGACAACUACGAGCCCAAUCUCGCCCUCAACCUCGAGAUCUGCGACUUGAUAAACAGCAAGAAGGGAAGCGCGCCGCGCGAGGCCGCCACCGCCAUCGUUGGCUAUAUCAACCAUCGGAACCCCAACGUGGCUCUCCUCGCCCUCAACCUGCUCGACAACUGCGUCAAAAACUGCGGAUACCCCUUCCAGCUGCAGAUCAGCACCAAGGAGUUCCUCAAUGAGCUCGUCCGCAGGUUCCCCGAGCGGCCCCCCAUCCGGGCCACCCGCGUCCAGGCCAAGAUCCUCGAGGCCAUCGAGGAAUGGCGCGUUACCAUUUGCGAUACGAGCCGCUACAAGGAGGACUUGGGCUUCAUCCGUGACAUGCACCGCCUGCUGAGCUACAAGGGCUACAUGUUCCCCGAGGUUCGGCGCGAAGACGCCGCCGUCCUGAACCCCAGUGACAACCUCAAAUCCGCCGAGGAGAUGGAAGAGGAGGAAAAAGAGGCCCACUCCGCCAAGCUCCAGGAGCUCAUCCGGCGCGGCGCCCCUGAGGACCUUCGUGAAGCCAACCGCCUCAUGAAGAUCAUGGCCGGCUACGACACCCGGUCCAAGACGGAUUACCGCGCCAAGGCCGCCGAGGAAAUCGGCAAGAUCCAGGCCAAGGCCAGGUUACUCGAGGAGCGUCUCGAGGCCUUCAAACCGGGCGACAAGAUGACCGACGGUGACGUGUUUAGCGAGCUCGCGUCGGCGUUGCAGAGCGCACAUCCCAAGAUCCAGAAGAUGUGUGAGGAGGAGUCGGAAGACCACGAGGCCGUCGCCAAACUGUUCGAGAUCAACGACAGCAUACACCGUACCGUCGAACGAUACAAGCUGAUGAAGAAGGGCGACAUGGAAGGGGCCGCCAAGGUAGCGGCCGGCGGUCCUGCGCCGUCGCAGACCGCGUCCGUCGGCGCAUCGGCCAACGAGUUGUCACUGAUAGAUUUCGAUGCUGAAGCUGCGGGCACCAAUGGAAGCAACGGGGCCUCGCAAGGCACGUCUCAAGCCGGUGGACUGGAGAAUGACCUGUUGGGCCUCGACAUUGGCGGCGAGUCGAGCACGUACGGCCAGGGCGGCACCAUUGCCCUCGGAUUUGGCGCCAACCAAAAUAUCCCCGGCCCUGCCCUGCUCUCCUCCAUGACUGAAGACAACAGCGCAAAGGGCAACCUGGCCAACCAGACACCACCGUUCUCGCAGUUUGCUUCCUUCUCGACCCCUAUUGCUUCGCAGUCAACAACGCCACAGCCUGCUGCCCAGCAGCAACCGAAGCCGCCAGCACCUCAGCCGGCGGUUGAUCCGUUUGCUUCCCUCGCCGCAUCCAGCACCCCGCCGCCGCCGAAACCGGCUGUGUCGAACGACGAUGACGAAUGGAACUUUACGUCGUCGUUGCCCCCUGAGACUCCGUCGAAGCCGAGAGAGCACAAGUCCAUCGUCAGCGACGGCAAUCUCCGGACAGAGUUCUUGGCCAAGCGAGUUGGACCCAGCAACUCCAUCAACCUCCACUUUGCCUUUACGAACAACACCGCCCAACCCAUCUCCGAGCUGCACUUUCAACUAGCCGUCACAAAGGGAUACGAGCUGCAGCUGAAGCCCCAGUCUGGCCGCGAGCUCUCCCCCAAGCAGAGCCGCGGCGUCACGCAGGAAGUGGACGUGUUCCACUCGGGCAACCGCGCACAGAAGGUCGAGUCGGUGAAGCUCAGGUGGCGCGCCGCGUACAAGGUCGGCGCCGAGCAGAAGAGCGAGAUGGGCGAGAUUCCCGAGUUUAGCAUCGCAUGA